AGUAUUAGCCAACUUUUGACUUUUCCGCCUGCCCAACACCACGGUAACGCCCCUGCAACAGUAAGUUCCCAAGGCGACGCUUUCAAAACACGAGACCGAGCUGAAUUUUUCUCUUUGGUUUCGUAUGCCUCUGGCCAGCAGGAAAUGGAGAGCAUGCCGACAGACGACGACCACUUCGAAAAGCAGCUGAAAAUGGUCGUGCUCGGCGAACCGUCGACGGGAAAGAGCUGUAUUUUAUCAAGAUUUUGCCACAACGAAUUUUCGAGACAGUAUUAUCCAACUUUAGGCGUUGACUUCAUUCUUCAGAGGCAUGAAAUAAGAAAUGGGAAAAAUGUUACCCUUGUGAUAUGGGACAUUGGGGGCCAAGCUCUCGGGUCGACAAUGAUGGAAAACUAUUUAUACGCUGCCAACAUAAUACUAAUAGUUUUUGACAUUACAAAUGCCGCUAGCUUUAAGAAAUUAUCUGAGUGGUUGGAUGGGAUUAGGAAAAUCUACUUUGAAACAAGCCCCAAUAUUGCGAUUAUAGCAAAUAAAUGUACUUCAAAUUCUCUUUCAGGUGAUAUGGAGCACCAAAGGGCUGUGAGUGUGGAAAAACAAGUGAGAUUCGCAAAUGAGCAUGGAUUCACGAGUCACACUGUAUCAGCUCGGACUGGGGAAAAUGUGAGACUUACGAUUCAGAAAAUCUGUGCAGAAAAGCUUGGCCUCAAAUUGACCAGAGUAGAACAGGAAGCGCAUCAGACUGUCGUUCAAGCAGAAAUCAUCGCUCCGAGCCAAAAUCAGGUUUAUCCCACGUACCAGCCGACUCCAUCGACCAUUUGUGCCAUUCAGUAAAUGUCGAUAUGUCAAAAUUUCUGAUUAAACUGUUCAAAACAAUGAAUUGUGUUUUAAAACUAAAUGUUGUAUAAAUACUCAGAUCCACUUACCAAGAAAUUGAAAAUGUGCCAACAUUAUCAUUAUUGUUUAGUUUUUAAUUUUAGGGCCGGCAAACUAUUUUGGUCAUCACCAGCCCUAUUUUCUUUACCUUUACAUUUCUUUUCUUAUCUUUUUCGCAUUUUAAUUCUACUAAUUUCUUUUUCUUUCUCCAGCUAAGUUACGAUAAUUUAUGGUACAAUGGUAGCCACUCUCUCUUUUGUUUAUCCUUGCUUGGCUUCUCUAUACCUCAGGGCCUUGUCAAUUGUGGUUACAGUAAAACAAAUAAUAAACACAAAUACAUAGAACAUUAUUGAAACUGGUAAAAUUAAUAUUAUCCUUCAUAACUUGAUAAAAACCUAACUUUAAAUAACAAUUAAUUAAUUAUAUAAAUAUAUCUGUGUCCUCAAAAACUCCAACUUUGCAGGAUGGCAGCUUUUAUAUUUAUUGCCAUUUCCCAAAUCUUCAUCAUUACUGAAUGGCUUUGUGCUACGCAUGUUACAUUUUUAUUUUUAAAAAAGUCAAUACAGUUGUACAAAAGUCUAUUGAUUUAAUAAUUAAUGUUAUUACUAAUUACCAAAUGAACUCAACAGUUUGUGACUUAUGCACUGUGUCCCAUGUGUAAAUGGCUUAUACUGACAAAUCAGUGUAUAUGUGCUGGGUUGCAAAACAUAAAUAUCCUUGUACUAAACAUGGGCUAUGAAAUUUAAAUUUACAUAUUUAUUGUUAAUUCAAUAAUUCAGGUUUAAUUGCUGGAUAAUCGCCUCUAUUGCUUAAUGAUAACCUGAAAUCACUUGUGAUGAUCUUAAAAUAAUCCAAUUAAUUAAAAUAUUGAAUUUUAAAGCAGUUUAUAUAAUUUCAAAAUGACAACUUAAAGAUAAAGUGUAGGUUUGGAUGUCAUAAAAAGGACUUUGUAAAAGGGAUUGGUUAUAAAUAAAAUUUCCAAAUUAGUGAUUCUUAAUUUAUAUCAAUACAAAAUAAGUCUUGACAUAUAUCAUAUAUACUUAUUAUAUAGAUUUAAUUGUGCACUGUUUUUUGUUUUAAAUUUAUAAAAAAUUAAAACAGCGACAAUGAAAAAUUAUUUUAUAUUACUCUUUAAAUUAAGAUAUGGCUAUGUAAAAUAUUUUCUUCUGUUCUCUCUAUUAAAAUUAAUUUAUACUUCCUGCUCAAUAGACCUAUCUUUCUAUGACACAAUCUAAAUAUCACAAUGUUGUAUGUUAUCUACAGAUAAUUAUGUUGCUUGUUUUCGAUUUUCUUCCUGGAUUGAAAUAAUUUUUACAAAAUUUGCAUUCAUUUUUGUUCUACGUCUCCGUCAGAUUCAAUUCUUAGCCUACAACAAAUUAGUUAGUACUACAACAAUUAAGAGUCAACACAUAAUAAAACAAUAGCAUUUACAAAAAGGGUGUUGUACAAAAUUGUUACAAUUAGUUAAUUAUAUAAAAACUUAAUAUUCAACCCUGUUGAGAUAAAUUAUAAUGCAUACAUAACAGUAUAUUAAACAAAAUGUUUUGACUGGCUAAAUAAGAUACUAACACUAAGAUACAUUUAGUAAACAUAUUCGUAUAAAAUGUGCCUAUAAUUGUUUGUUUCCCUUAAUUAUCAACGUCUUACUUCUAUCUAAACAUAUCUUACAGUACUGCUCGACCAAUUGUACACAUUAGAAUUUUAUUUGUUUUCUUGGGUGAAGGUAAUCCAUAUAGUAUAAAAAAACGAGAAAUGAAACUAGAGUUGGACAAUCGAACUGAGAUGUCUGCGAUUUACGAAUGAAUUAGAAAAUAAAAAAGUGCCCGGAAUAUAUAUAUUUUUCUUUUUGAAAUUAUUCUAAGCCUACACAAAAUGCAGCAAAUCUAAGCUAGAUCUCUCCUCCUCCGUACAAAUUACAAAUAGUUUCAUUAAAGAUUGUCAAUGGUUAAGGGUGAAAAAAUUUGAGGGAUUCUCCCACGUAUGUAAAUGUAGUAAAAAUUUGGCAGUAAUUAUUACAUUUUAACAAUAAAAAAGUCUACAAAUUAUUAUGAAAAUUAUAGAAUGAAAAUGAGUUUAUAUUUAAAAACUUUUAAUAUUAGCAUACCACUAAAAUGUGGAUGUUUGGUUUUAUGAACUAGUAUGUCUGAAAAAAAAAAAACUCAUUAAAAAUGGCUGAUUUGUCAGGUUUGUCCUAACCCUUUAAUCAAAGUAAAUAAAUAAUUAAUUUACAUUGAUAGACAAUGUAAUAAUAUGAUCUAACAAAUUAAUAAUAUUUAAUAAUGGAAAAUUAUAGUUUUAGUAAUAUGUUGUUGCAGCCAUCAAACCAAUAAGAACAGAUUAAAAAAUCUAGUCUAAAUAAGAGAAGAAAAAAAAAUAGAGCAGGGACAUUUUACAUCAAACAUUAAUAGUUGAAUAAGGAGAAUAUUACUUUAACAUACAGAAAGCUUAAAAAAUAUAUAUGUAUAUACAUCUAACAAGGGGAGAGCAUAAUUAAUAAAAACCCCUUUUCAACUAAAUUUUAUACAAUUUCUUCAUUUUGAUAAAUCGAUUUUAAAAAAAUAUAUAGCGCGCCAGAGAAGAUGAAAUUGGGCAAAACGUUUGUCAUUUCAGAAAGGCAAUAUCAAUAUUUCAUUUUUAAAUACUAGAAAAUACACGGUAUAAAAGGCUAAAAUGAAGCUUUGGUUGUUUCUUUUAUAAACAAUGUUAUUUUAUCUAUUGUUUGAGGAGUUGUUCUUAUUUUGAUGCAAAGGGGUCAUUUGCACAUUUUUAUCGGUUUUAAGCCUAAAUCUGGAAGCUAAGACUAAUAAAUUUACAAAAUUUCGCAAAGAUCACACGGUGGAGUAUAGAAAACACAGGCCAAUUUAAAAUUUAAUUGAAGAUGUCUAUUGAUCAAAUUGCUAUAGUUUGUAAGGCUUAUAAUAAUAAUUUUAAUAAAUAGUCUUAUAAAUUUUACUACAAUAUAAUUAUAUAAAGUAAAGCUUAACUUCUUUUGCCUUAUAACAUUUUAAAUCGAUUGAACCUUUAUGUUUAUAAUUUAUUUCAGUUUAUGUUUAUAAAGAGUGCUUCGUAUAAGUACACAGCAAUCAAUUGAUUUAUAGCAGUUUUAAAUAAUUUGUCUCUUAAUAUUGGUUUUUUUAUUCAAUUUUAGUUGGUGGUAAGUUGAAAAAGUUUUACAUUUUCAGCACAAAAAUAGAUGAAACAAGAUAACAAUAAUUAAUGAGAUAUUUAUGAAGGAUUUACAAUGUCUUAUUUUAUUUAAAAAACAAACAAAAAA